AAUUCUGUAUGAUCUGUGCAGGGCAUAUUUUUGAAAAUAUUUUUAUAUUUUUGUUUUACUUUAUAUUUUUGUUUCCAAGAUUUGCUACUGGUGUUUAGGCGCAGCUUAAUGAUAUUGACAAAUUAUAAAACAGAAAUAGGCAGGUGUAUGUAGGUAAUGUCAUACACUGAGCUCGAACAUGGCUAUCAAGGGUUGCGGCAAGCUACUCAGCCCCAAUUUUAUGUCGGAGAUGACGGAAAUCUUGUACCGAUAAGAUCAUCAUUUAUCUUAGUUAUCAAGUGUAAAGUAGUGUGAACCAAUCGGUGGCAAGGUUGGCUGUGUGCCUUAUCAUAUGCUGUGAUAGAUAGUCAAGUGUAUCAUAGAUAGUGAGUGGUGAUGGAGUGGCAGUGGCUUAAGGAUUGGUGGCGCCUCAAAAGAUGGAGGAAGGACAAGAAGGGCCAGAAUGAUGAUGACAUAUGCUAUUGUGAUGACUGUCUGCCUGAUGGCGAGUUGGAUCUGUGCGAGUCGCUGGACCCGCACAGCGAUGGCGGGGGUAAGAAGGUGGUGGUCGGCGUUUGCGCCAUGGCCAAGAAGUCGCAGUCGAAGCCCAUGAAGGAGAUCCUCACCCGCCUCGACGAGUUCGAGUACAUCAAGAUGCUGGUCUUCCCAGAGGAGGUUAUCCUUAAGAAACCUGUGGAAGAGUGGCCCAUCUGCGACUGUCUUAUUUCGUUUCACUCGAAGGGCUUCCCCUUAGACAAGGCCAUACAAUACGAGAAGUUACGGAAGCCCUAUGUUAUAAAUAAUCUUCACAUGCAGUAUGAUAUUCAGGAUCGUAGAAAAGUAUACGCGAUACUAGAGGGUGAAGGUAUAGAGAUACCUAGAUAUGCAGUAUUAGAUAGAGAUUCGCCGGAUCCAAAGCAUCACGAGCUGGUGGAAUCAGAAGACCACGUGGAAGUGAACGGCGUGGUGUUCAACAAGCCCUUCGUGGAGAAGCCGGUGUCAGCCGAGGAUCAUAACAUUUAUAUCUACUACCCCACCUCCGCCGGCGGAGGCAGCCAGAGACUCUUUAGAAAGAUAGGAAGUCGGAGUAGUAUAUAUUCACCAGAAUCGAGAGUCAGGAAAACAGGGUCCUUUAUUUAUGAAGAUUUUAUGCCCACUGAUGGUACGGACGUAAAAGUAUACACAGUUGGACCGGACUACGCUCACGCAGAGGCUCGCAAGUCUCCCGCGUUAGACGGCAAAGUCGAGAGGGAUUCCGAAGGCAAGGAGAUCAGAUACCCCGUGAUAUUGUCUAAUCAAGAGAAGCUAAUAUCCAGGAAGGUUUGUUUGGCCUUCAAACAGACUGUGUGCGGGUUUGAUUUGCUUAGAGCAAACGGCAAAUCGUUCGUGUGCGACGUCAACGGGUUUUCUUUCGUGAAGAAUUCAAACAAAUACUACGAUGAUUGUGCUAAGAUCUUGGGUAAUAUGAUCUUACGGGAGUUGGCGCCGACGUUACACAUUCCAUGGUCGGUGCCCUUUCAGUUGGACGACCCGCCCAUAGUGCCGACCACGUUUGGGAAAAUGAUGGAGUUGCGAUGUGUGGUCGCCGUUAUAAGACAUGGGGAUCGAACGCCUAAACAGAAGAUGAAGGUUGAAGUGAGGCAUCAGAGAUUCUUCGAAAUAUUCGAGAAAUAUGACGGUUUCAAGCGCGGCCAUGUAAAACUAAAGAAACCCAAACAGUUGCAAGAGAUAUUGGACAUCGCCCGCGCGUUGCUGUCGGACAUACAGACGCGACACGCCGACCCUGAGAUUGAGGAGAAGCAGGGCAAGCUGGAACAGCUUAAGAGUGUUCUGGAAAUGUACGGUCACUUCUCUGGCAUCAACCGCAAGGUGCAGAUGAAGUACCAGCCGCGGGGCCGGCCGCGCGGCUCCAGCUCCGACGACGGUAACGCGCCGCCGCCACACGUAAGUGGUGGUGGGGAGCCGUCCUUAGUGCUAAUACUGAAAUGGGGGGGAGAGCUGACCCCCGCGGGGAGGAUACAGGCGGAAGAGUUGGGGAGGAUGUUCAGAUGCAUGUAUCCUGGCGGACAGGGAAGACAUAUACCUGGUGAAAGUGGCACCCAAGGCCUAGGCCUCCUCCGUCUCCACUCCACCUUCCGCCACGACCUCAAGAUCUACGCGUCAGACGAGGGGCGCGUACAAAUGACUGCAGCAGCCUUCGCUAAAGGCCUGCUGGCUUUGGAGGGAGAAUUGACGCCUAUAUUAGUGCAGAUGGUCAAAUCUGCGAAUACUAAUGGGCUGUUGGAUAACGACUGUGAUUCGUCUAAAGUUCAGAAUAUGGCCAAAGCCCGUCUGCACGAGGCCAUGCAGGUAGACCGUGAUUUCACGGACGCGGACCGGUCGCGCAUCAACCCGUGCGAGUCCGUCAGCAUCAGCGCCGCCAUGCACUUCGUCAAGAACCCCGUGCGCUGCUGCGCCCACGUGCAUACUCUUAUACAGCAGCUUGUGAGAAUUGUCGUCACUAAGAAGGACGACCCCAAGACUAAAGACACAAUACUCUACCACGGUGAAACGUGGGAGCUAAUGGGCCGUCGCUGGGGUAAGAUCGAGAAGGAUUUCUGCACGAAAAACAAAACGUAUGACAUAUCCAAGAUCCCGGACAUUUAUGACUGCAUCAAGUAUGAUCUUCAGCAUAACCAGCAUACGUUGCAGUUUGAUCUCGCUGAGGAACUUUAUAUCUAUGCUAAGUACUUGGCGGAUAUUGUGAUACCUCAGGAAUACGGUCUAACGAUGCAGGAAAAACUAACAAUAGGACAGGGAAUUUGCACGCCCCUCCUCAAGAAGAUCAGAGCUGAUCUGCAGAGGAACAUCGAAGAGUCCGGAGAGGAAACUGUCAAUAGAUUGAACCCCAGUUGUGUGUGCUGGUGCAGGUACAGCCACGGCGUGUCGUCGCCGGGCCGCCACGUGCGGACACGGCUCUACUUCACUAGCGAGAGCCACGUGCACUCCUUGCUGACCGUGCUGAGGUUCGGGGGGCUGUUGGAUGUACUAAAAGAUGAACAAUGGCGUCGUGCGAUGGAGUACGUGUCCACUGUUUCCGAACUCAACUACAUGUCACAGAUAGUCGUCAUGCUAUAUGAAGACCCCACUAAGGAUCCUUACUCAGAAGAAAGGUUCCACGUGGAGCUACACUUCAGCCCGGGCGUGAACUGCUGCGUGCAGAAGAACUUGCCGCCCGGCCCCGGCUUCCGCCCGCACAGUCGCAACCACUCCACUACUAACAACUCCCAGAGUUCGUCAGACGAAGUGAAAUGUAUAGAAGAGGAAGGCGAAGACGACAAUAUGGCUAGCCAAGAAACUUUGCAGCCGGAUGCCGAUGAACUGGACAAUACUUUCUCGCCGAAGAAGCUGUCAAAAUCUAAAAUAAGGCCUUCAGAUCCUAUACCUAUUUGCGACGCGUACAGCAACCUGCACUACACGGUGAGCGGGCACGAGGCGUCGACACUGGCGGCGCGGCUCAGCGCCGAGCUGCGCGCGCGCGGCCACGCCGACGCGCCCGCGCAUCCCGCCAGUCAGGGCGACGAAAAAGAGCCGAAAGACGUAGAGGAAGCGCCGCCCCGCGCUCGGUCCUACGACCAACACAAGCAGAGCCACGACAACGAGGCGGACGCUGCGCUGUCGACCGCGGUGGGCGCGAGAUACCAGAGCCUGCAACUCGUGCACUCAGGGCGGCGCCAGCGGCACAGCAUCGCCGGCCAGAUGAGCUACCUCAAGAUGCUGGGGCUGGGCGCGCGCGGCAAGCUGUCCGCCGCCGGCCUCUUCAGCACCGCUGUCAUCUCGGGCUCCAGCUCCGCGCCCAACCUGCGCGUCAUGAUCCCCUCCGCCGCCUCCAGCAACGCCGCAGUGGAGGGCUUCGGCGGGGUGCCGGCCAUCCGUCCUCUAGAGACGCUACACAACGCGCUGUCGCUGCGGCAGCUGGACGCGUUCCUGGAGCGCGUGACGGCGGCGCCCGUGCUACUGGGCACGCCGCCCGCGCCGCACAAGCCUGCCUCGCCCACCAACAGUGUGGGGUGGAGCGGUCCGUCGUCGCUGAUGUCGUCAUCAGGCGAGCUGCCCAGCGGCCUGUCCUCCGCCGGGCCCUCCUCGCCCAACUCCAACUACGCCUCCAACUCGGAACAUAAGACAACGUCCACCGAAAGUAGCAAUUGGAGUAAAAAUGUGCCGAGCAAGCUCCCCCAGUGGGAGGGCGAGGCGGCGACGUUGUGCGCGUUGGACUCGAGCCUGCACCCAUUCAUGCCGCACUCCAACCUCGCAGGUUCAUCUAUUAGCGGGGAUGUGACGCCGGUGUCGAUAGCCUCGGAGCUGGACUUCAACAGCAAUGAGGCUACCGCCGGCUCCAUCACGGACCAUGAUCUACUGAGUGCAGAAGGUGAAGAUGAUGAAGAGACCCUUUCAGUAGACCCGUGCGGCUCUCCCGUCAAGAUGAUCAAGAACGACCUGAGCCCACAGACCUACACCGCGGUCAGCGCCCUCAGACUCGACAACUGUCAGCCGUCCACUAGCAAAGAGUUCUUCGGCCUAAGUCUACAACAGACUAAGGAAUGCUUCUACAAAGACAUGCCAUUAAGUAGCAAAAAUUAUAACUUAGAUAAUGAUUCUAAACAAAAGUGUACCAAGGAAAAUACGCCUUACAUGUCCAAUAUUGAUUCGCUUAAUUUGCAAAGCAAAGAUGGCAAAAGUAAAAUUAAAAAGAAUGAAAUUCUGAAUAAUGGUAGUAGAAGGUACAGUGACAGUAGUGCACAAAAAAGUAAUGUUAGUUCCCAAGCAACUGUUUCGGGCAGUCGAUUUAAAAUGACUUUAGUAACAGAUGACCUGCUCCGGCCAAGCACUUCUUCAGACAGUACAAAUAACGUGGCAACCAUAGAGCCCGCCUUGCCAUUGGUCACGAAGGCUAAAAACUCCAAUGUUAAACCAGGUUUUACUAUAUCAGAAACGUAGUUCUGGAAUAAUCGAUAACUCAAUACGUUCAACGUUGAUAUUAAUAUUGUUGCGUACUGAUCUUAAUCGUACAGUUAGUGAAAUUAUACCAUUUAAAAUAAUAACACAAUAUAAGUUCUCUGCGACUGCUAUAAUGUUUGCAGUAUAAUGGCAUAAAUGGCAUUGACCAUUUAUAUGCAGUUGAAUAAUCAAAUAGACUGUAAUGAAGUCCCAAUAAAGUAUUUAAUGCAUUCAGUGUAGUUCAAUCAUAAUAAUCUCACAAGCUGAGCACAUUUAAACUAUUACAGUUUUUAUUAGCCUUUUGAUAUUAUAUACUUACCUGUGUUUACAGUUUGUUUAUCGAUUCCUAUAUUUUUACACUCAUUGCUGUGAUUAUUGUAUGUUUUUUCCGAAUCUGAUAUUAUUUAAUGCUUUGUAUAUUGAGUAUUAUAAAUUAGUUAAACAUUUAAUAACUAGGCUAUGCAAUCGUACUUAACAGUCACAUAAUUAUUUGUAUAUGCUGGUAUUUCAAACUAUGUGCUUGUAUCAUGCUUGAAUCAGAGGCAAUGUAUUGAGUCAAUAGUCAAUGCUCUAUUUAAUAUUGCUUUACUAAAUUGUUUCAUCGCGCAAUACAAUUUUAUAAAAAUCAUAAGAUAUUGAUAUACCUAUUGAAUGUAUUAGUUAAGUGUUUACAUCAAAAUAUAAUAAUAAUGAAUGA